GACCCUGUAGACAAGGUGAGCGUCUCUGCCGACCCCUUUCUCCCCCGCGGUCUGGCUCAGCCUGGGCUUAUGUAAAGAGGUCGUGGCUGCUUCUCCGCCGGGAGCACGCGGAUUCCCGCACAGCGGUGUGCGGACUGGGUAAGGACAGAGCGCCUGUCCCCCGCUCCCAAAGCCGCCGGGCGGGGGCUCCCGGCUCACUGGUGAUGCGCUGUCUGCGCCUCGCGCGGCGCUGCUCGGCCUGGCUGGGGCCUGGCGUGGACGCCGCGGGACCGCUGAGUCUUGACGAACCGUGAAGCCCUGGCCCGCGUCGGGGCCCUUGCCCGGGUCGGGCGGGAGCUGGCGCACUAGAGGGAGAUGUAGGUGGCGAGAGGGGGCGUGGAGUAGCCGGAGCCUUUCCCACUACCCCACGGCUUGCACCUCCCCCAGCGCCCUGGCGCUCCGCGUGCGCUGGGGCGCGGCAGGCGGGGCUCCGGGGGCUGCCAUGGAGGUGCCCAACGUCAAGGACUUCCAGUGGAAGCGCCUGGCGCCACUGCCCAGCUGCCGGGUCUACUGCUCCCUGCUGGAGAGCGGGGGGCAGGUCUAUGCCAUCGGGGGAUGUGAUGACAACGGAGUCCCCAUGGACUGCUUUGAGGUCUACUCUCCCGAUGCUGACCAGUGGACCGCCCUGCCCUCGCUGCCCACAGCCCGGGCUGGGGUGGCUGUCACUGCCCUGGGGAAGAGGAUCAUGGUGAUUGGGGGUGUGGGCACCAAUCAGCUGCCCCUGAAGGUCGUGGAGAUGUACAACAUCGAUGAGGGCAAGUGGAAGAAGAGGAGUGUGCUGCGUGAGGCCGCUAUGGGCAUUUCGGUCACGGCCAAAGAUUACCGAGUGUAUGCAGCAGGCGGGAUGGGUCUGGACCUCCGUCCGCACAACCACCUUCAACACUAUGACAUGCUCAAGGACAUGUGGGUGUCGCUUGCACCCAUGCCCACCCCGAGAUAUGCUGCCACCUCCUUCCUCCGAGGUUCCAAGAUCUAUGUUCUGGGAGGACGGCAGUCCAAGUAUGCGGUCAACGCCUUCGAGGUCUUUGACAUCGAGACUCGCACCUGGACCAAGUUCCCCAAUAUUCCCUGUAAGCGGGCCUUCUCCAGCUUCGUGACCCUGGACGACCACUUGUAUAGCUUGGGAGGCCUGCGGCAGGGUCGGCUCUACCGGCAGCCCAAGUUCCUCCGGACGAUGGACAUGUUUGACAUGGAACAGGGGGGAUGGCUGAAGAUGGACCGUUCCUUCUUCCUCAAGAAGCGGCGGGCAGAUUUUGUGGCUGGUUCUCUGAGUGGACGGGUCAUAGUGGCCGGAGGACUUGGGAACCAACCAACUGUCCUGGAGACGGCAGAGGCGUUCCACCCAGGGAAGAACAAGUGGGAGGUCCUCCCAGCCAUGCCCACGCCCCGCUGUGCCUGCUCCAGUAUUGUCAUCAAGAACUGCCUCUUGGCUGUGGGGGGCGUCAACCAGGGUCUGAGCGAUGCAGUAGAAGCACUGUGUGUCUCUGACUCCUAGCUGUCCCCUGGCCCAGCGCUUUUGCCCUGGACCGGAUCACUCAACUCUUGAUAAGAGAAAUGGUCUUGUCAAAGUAGUUUGGGCUACUUUACUUCCCAGAUGCCAGCUCCUGUCAGCAGCCAGUGGGUCUAGGCCCUGGGGCUCUAAGUGACCUCCCCUCACAUCCUAACCCUACCAAUCCUAGGAAACUGUAAGAAGUCCGGAUGACUCCACCAGCCCCUGGUCAGAGCUCAGCUGACCUCUAGGGACAGUUCUCACUUACUGCUCAGGCAGAAAAAGGCACAGGAGUAUCUGCUACCUCCCCCUCUGUGAGUCCUACCUCUCCCCGUCUUCAGGGUAGGAGUUAGGGCAGUUCUGACCCAGAGGAUGAGCUGCUGCCACUCUCUUCCCAGCUCACAACUAGUUUGAGGGUCUCUCAGGAUGAAAAAUGGAGAAGGGUUGCAGGGGGUCCCAAGCGCCUCUUCUCUCCCUUGGUCUACAUCCCUUCCCCAUUUGGUGGUCAACUGUGGGCCCGCCCUGGACCUCAUCUACUCAGCAAGAAUUGGCCUUAGAGCUAGAGGCCGCUGAGUUGUAAAAGAAGCCCUGGACUGGUCCAGGUGAGCAGCCUUGGCCAGGAAGGACCCAU